UAUAAAGAAUGCACCAAGUCGGCGGUUGUUGUAGCAACCAGCAUUUGGCGUUGUCGUGUGCAUUGUCGUUAGUGAACAAAUAUGAUGGUUGAAAGAGGGAAAUGUGAGUGUUAAAUUUGUUAAACGUGGGAAUUUUAGACUCAACUACAGUCAAUGACGAAAUAAGAAUACUCUCUGCGUGUCCGACACUGGUUGCAUGUUGUAUUCUAGUUCACACGUUGUCUGAGUCAACAGUAGCAGUUAGCAUGUCGGCUAUUAGCAGUCUCGUCCCUGCACGGUUUCUCACUGUCAUAGCUCACCUUGUCAUCGUAAUCACCAUCUUCUGGUCAAGAGAAAACAACGUGAAGGCUUGCUUGCCGUUGGAUUUCACUCAAGAGCAAUAUGACUACGAAGACAGAAAGUUGGUGGUGGCACUGGCGAUCACCCUCGGACUGUUUGCUGUAGAGUUGGCUGGGUUCUUCUCAGGAGUGUCCAUGUUCAACUGCAGCCAAGGUCUCCUAUCAACAGGAGUCCAUGCCAGUGCCUCUGUGGCUCUCCUAUUCUUUCUAUUUGAGCAGUGGGAGUGUGACAUCUACUGGUGGAUUUUUGCCAUUUGCAGUGUGUUACCUGCUUUUGUGGAGAUUCUUCUGUUCAUAGCUGUUUUUGGUCUGAAGAAGAAGCCAUUAUGACAGACAGUCCAGAUGUGAAGUGCUCCAAAAUACAUUACAUCUGUCUCAACGAGUCAUCAGCAAAACCGACAAAGACCAAUGGAAUAUACCUGCCACCGUAUCUUUAAUAUCUUUUAUAUUUUUAUAUAUUUUUAAUGAAAUAGAUGCAGAGUGCUGUCUUUCAAAUAUGUGAGGGGUUAUUUUAGAAAGGAUCUGAGCUCAGGGUUCCCACAGGUCAGGGAAUAUCAGGGAAUUGUGUUUGAAGCAUAUUUAAAAUUUAGUUGCCAUUUAUCAAAAUGUAAUAUUUCCCAUGGAUUUGUUUUUACCGAAUUUUUCACGGAUAAUGCAAGGCAAGUUUAUUUCUAUAGCACAUUUCAACAACAAGGCAAGUUCUUAAGUACAUAAAACCUUAAAAAAAACAUUGGGAAGAAACACAUAAAAUCACAUUAAAAUAUAAUAAUCAAAAUAAAAUAAAAACAUGUUAAAGUAGAAUGAGGCAGGUGAUAACAAUUUCAGUGCAGUACAAGAAAUGCAUAGAUAGUUUAUGUUCUGAAAGGCAGCGGCAAACAGAAAAGUCUUCAUUCUUGAUUUAAAAGAACUGAGAGUGGCAGCAGACCUGCAGUUUUAUGGUUAUUUGUUCCUGAUCUGUGGAGCAUAGAAACUGAACGCUGCCUCUCCAUGUUUAGUUCUGACUCUUGGGACAGAAAGUAGAUCUGUCCCAGAUGACCUGAGAGAUCCGGAUGGUUCAUAUCAAAGCAGAAGAUUCAGAGCCAGCACAAUUUUAAAUAGUAAGUUAAACAGGAAUAUUAAGUAAAACAUUUAAAUAGCAAUUUAAGUAUGAAUUUCAAAAAAUUCCCAUUUAUGAACAAAUGUUGUGCUAAAAGUUUGUUACUAAGGGCCAGUGUGUUUAUAAGGGUGUGUAAGCCUAGACUUGUUUGAAAAAAUGUACACUGUUCAACCAGUAAAAACUUUAAGUUUAGUACUGUGGCUGUUUUUGUCUGCUCAGCACUAAGGCACCCUGUUUUUUCCCAUUCAAUAUAGGUCAUGGAAAUACAGCUUUUUAGUCUGUGAAAGUCAGGGAAUGUGACAUCUGAGUGGGAACCCUGUAAGCUGUAACGUUUUAAAGAAAUAGGUGCUUAUUUGUCAGUAAUAAUUGAUGUGGUUUUCUGUUGUUCUUUGUAUGUAAACUUUCUAUGGAAAAACUUGGGAUGAUACUUUUAUUCCAAAUACAUUUUGUACAAAUUC